AUGGUCUUGAAAACACUGCUUAUCUCUUCAUUGGCUGCCAGCUUUGCGUUGGCCUCUCCUGUCCAACGAGCUGAAGCGGUCGUCAACUCCACCACCUGCAAUGGUCAGACUUAUGUCUAUCAGGCUUUGGCUGGUUAUGGGUUCGCACCCUCGGAUUCACGCGACAAGUUUGGCGAUACUGCAGGAGGCUUCGGCAGUAGCGCCGCCAUCGACCAACACUCAUGGAAAGUCGACAGCGAUGGAGUCUACACGGGCACUCUCUGGGCUCUACCCGAUCGUGGGUGGAACACGGAAGGCACAUUGAAUUAUCAACCUCGAGUCCACAAAUUCCAGGUCAGCUUCAAGCCAAAUUACAAUUCCACAGCCACCGACCCAAGCUCGCCAAACGUUCAUUUGCAAUACCUAGACACCGUCCGUUUCACAGAUCCUACUGGGACACCUAUGACUGGUCUUGAUGCCGAUCUCAGACCACCUUACCUCACCUUCCCUGGCUUCCCUGAACUUCCAUCUGCCACGUAUACGGGUGAUGGCUUUGGCGGCAAUGGUACGGGAGGCCACCGUGUGUGUGGAGACACCGAAGGUCUUGUUCUUAGUCCUGAUGGAUUCUGGGUCUCCGAUGAAUAUGGCCCAUACAUCUACCAUUUCGACCAAAGCGGUAAGAUGACAGGGGCUAUCCGACCUCCAUCUGCAAUCAUUCCUGAGCGAAACGGCACCGAGUCUUUCAACGCUGAUAGCCCACCUCGCUAUGACCCGGACUUUGAAACGAUCCCAGCGAACCCCGACACCGGACGUUCGAAUAACCAGGGUCUUGAAGGACUGACGUCUUCGCCAGAUAAGAAGACUCUCUACGCCCUUAUGCAGUCGGCUUUGGCUCAGGAAGGUGGCGACAAUUCCUCCACACGACGCCUCAGUCGGCUGCUUGAAUAUGAUGUGAGCGAUCCAUCCACGCCAAUCUACAAGGCGGAGUAUAUGGUUCCACUGCCGGUCUUCAACAACAACACCCUGGUUGCUGCGCAAUCCGAGAUUCACUAUAUCAGCCCGACUCAAUUCCUUGUCCUUGCCCGUGACUCCGGUCGUGGCCAUGGCCAGUCGAACUCGCUAUCCCGAUACCGCCACAUCGACGUCUUCGACAUCUCCAAUGCCACCAAUCUGGCCGGAAACACAUACGAUUGCACAACUUGUUCUGCGGCUUCUGUGAGCGGUGUCCUGGCUUCGGCGAUCAUACCUGCCACCUAUUGCUCUUGGCUCGACUACAAUGUCAACUCUCAGCUCAACCGUUUCGGGCUGCACAAUGGUGGCGCCCAAGAUGCCAGCCUUUUGAAUGAAAAGUGGGAGUCAAUAGCCGUAGUCCCCGUCCACCCUUCCAGUGCCACCUGCAAGGAUGGAUAUACCAAGUCUGACGGCGAGUAUUUCAUAUUCAGCUUGAGUGACAACGACUUCAUCACUCAGAAUGGGUACAUGAACGGCGGGUUAUUACCGUAUGCCGAUGAGGGUGGUUUCAAUCUUGACAAUCAAGUUUUGGUCUUCAAGGUUACGUUACCUACCCAUUGA